AUGCUCAUCUACGCCGCCAGGUGGACUGCCCUACUGACCGUGUUGGUAGCCGUGGCGUCUUUCUCGCCGGAGUUCGCCUUCGUGUCGACCAUUACGGCCGUGCAAUCCCCUGGUUCAGGCGGAGAGUGCAGAAGGGAAGGAAUGGUUAGGGUUCCGUUGGACGUUCCGGGAGAGGUGUUCUGCUUGCCGGCUCAGAUGUUUGCCAAGUCCAACAUUGACUUCGUGGUCCCGCCGGUCUUCGCCGCCGUCGUGGUGGCCGGGGCGGCUUGGGUGGUUCGGUCCAUUGCCUUGUGGGAAGACGACGAGCCAGUGUAG